GGAGGGUCCACGGUGCGGAUCAGUGCGGUGUGGAGUGGAAGAGAAGGCGGUGAGUCAGUGGUACAGCAAUCGAGGGCAGGGCGGUACAAGGGAAGAAAACGCAGCCUUGGAGCGCGCCGCGCAUACGGAAGGGAGCCGCUAACUGACAGCCGGAGAGGAAGAGGCGCCCGCUCGGCUCACUGGCGGAAAGGAGCAGGCUAAUCUUUCCUCCUCACACCCGUCUUGUCAAAGUCUUCUCUGUGAUCCAACUGGCGCAAAUGGGCUACGGGAGGCUCUAUCCACCAGCGGGUUUGGCAUGAACGCUUUUCCGACGCGUAAACAAGUAGGAGAAGGGGAAAAGAGGACAUAGCUGCUUUACGAUUUCAUCCAAAUUCACUUCAAAUAAACGCACUCCAACUUGGUCAGCCUUCUUCACUCUCUUCUGACGAAGUGGACGGACUAAAUAUAUACAUGUAUAUUUUGGAGUAGGAAAAAAAAAAGAUACUGUGCACUCUUGGAAUCAUUUGUAGCUUUUUUCGUUUAUUUCCAUCGCAAUCCUGAUGCAUAUGGGAAGCAAGUGAAAAAAAAAAAAGAUUGCAGCCUUCAAAUAAAACACGUGUGUUACCCGAUUGAGAUGGAAUUAUGAUCGGACGCUGAGGAAACUCCGGGGAGGAAUUUAAAUCUCAUUUUGGUGCGCAAUUUGUGCGGCUGAAGAACUUGCAAUCCUUAUUAGUAUUUUCGUUAUUUUCUUUUUCUUUUUCCCAUGGAGUAGGCUUGAUUACCAGGUAUUGACUUUGACAGGUCCAUAUUAAUGGGAAAAUAAUAAUAAAAUAAAGUGGGUUUAUUCUCUGACGCCCGGAAAGAAGAAAGACGGAUCUGAUGCGCACCUUCUCCGUGGGAUGGUAAAUGACCGAUGGGGAAUCAUGAAUAGCUCUUCUGAACUCGAAGAUGGAACUCGGCAUAAAAACCAGACGUUCUGUGAAUGUGUGCCCAGCUCCUCUCAACUCAAACAUCGCUGGUCAGACUCAGAAACCACCAGGGAGACUCCGGCCAAGAGGAUGAGCUGCAGCUACCUGCUCUGCACCAUCCUGCUCUUCGUGGCCGUUCUGUUGGCCGUCACCGUAACUGGCACCAUCCUCUUCAUGAACCACUACCAGGCCCCGCCCAUGUCUGACGGCCUACCCCACAUUUCCACCAAUCAGGAUGAAGCAAACGCCCUGGUCACCGUGGAGAGGGGCGACGGCUCUCGUAUCAACAUCUUCAUCGACCCCAACUGUCCCGACUACAACAGCAACUUCAUGCGGCUGGAGGGUGUGCAGACCUCACUGCUCCACUCGCUGACUGACCACGACUCUGACCUGAAGUCGGUCAAAGGUCAGGACAGGGCCCUGCUGGUCAGUCUGGCCGAGGAGGUGGCCAAGCUGUCAGCCCAUGCAGGACAGCUGAAGAUGGACUACGAGUCUCUGCGCCGGGGGCAGAGCAGUCUUGGUCAGGACCUGAAUACUCUACAGACAGAACAAGGUCGCCUCAUACAGCUGCUGUCGGACAGCCAGAUCAACAUGGUGAAGGUGGUGAACUCCGUCAGCGAUGCUCUCAAUGCCAUGCAGAAGGAAAACGUGGGACUGAAGGCUCGGGUCAAGGCUGAUCUACAAAGAGCGCCGGUUCGAGGCGCUCGACUCAAGGGCUGUUCCAAUGGCUCUCGCCCCCGCGACUGUGGCGAUCUGUACGCCAGUGGUCAGAGAGAGGACGGCAUCUACUCCGUGUUUCCCGUUCACCACCCUACAGGCUUCCAGGUCUACUGUGACAUGACCACGGACGGAGGAGGCUGGACGGUGAUUCAGCGCAGGGAGGACGGCUUGGUUAACUUCUUCAGGGGAUGGGAGUCAUACCGCGAAGGAUUUGGCAAAAUCACUGGAGAACACUGGCUAGGGUUGAAGCAGAUUCAUGCCCUCUCCAUCCAGGGAAACUAUGAGCUGCGCAUCGACUUGGAGGACUUUGAAAAUAGCACAGCGUACGCCCAUUACGGCACCUUCGGUGUGGGUCUCUUCUCGGUGGACCCUGAUGAUGAUGGAUACCCUUUGACGGUCGGAGACUAUUCUGGCAACGCCGGCGACUCUCUUCUGAAGCACAACGGUAUGAAGUUCACCACCAAAGACAGGGACAACGACCACUCCGAGAACAACUGCGCCUCGUUCUACCACGGCGCCUGGUGGUACCGAAACUGCCACACCUCCAACCUCAACGGCCAGUACCUGCGCGGCCAGCACACCUCCUACGCCGACGGCAUCGAGUGGUCCUCCUGGACCGGCUGGCAGUAUUCCCUCAAGUUCUCGGAGAUGAAGAUCCGUCCCACCCGUGACCCCGACAACAAAUAAAACUCAUGAAAAGGAGGAAGAGGAGAAGACGAGAUGUUUUUGGAUCAUACAGAAGAAAUAUAUAUAUAUUGAAAAAAAAGAAGAAAAAAAACAUGGUUUUUGACAGGUUGAAUUACAUGUCUUCACAUUGUUUAUUAUUUAAGUUUAGUUGACUGCAGUUGGCUCCAUAGCUUCCUCCUUCUUGCUUCCUCAUGUGUGUUACUGCCAUGAUGCUUUCUUUACGGAAGAUUCUAACCAUGAUGCCCGUAGUUUUGAUAUUUUACUUUAUGAAACAGCAAAGUCGAGCCUUGAGCCCACAAUCUACUUUGCUGUCUUUCCUCAGUCUAAAGCUGUGGUCCAAACCCGCUGCCGUAUCAUCAUAUUCUCCUGACUUUGACCCCCUCCCCCGUCCUCAGCCCAAAACUUUCAGAGCUAUGGUUGGAGAGCAUUCAAUCACAUAUAAUGGAACAAGUCCCUUCCCAAAAUGCAGGCGGAAGAAGCACAUUCUUGGGUUUCAUCUGCGUGAAGGGAAAGCUCACCGGUGCACUUUUGAUACAUUUACAUCCCUUAUCUGUGUGAAUGAGACCCAGCAGGGUCGUGGCAAUCAGCGCCCUUCCUCAAAUAAUGAGGGGGGAAGAAAGACAGAGAGGAGGAGGAAACGAGCUCACAGGAGUUAAAUUGGCUGAAGGAAAAGGGGGACGGAGUGCAACAAAGGGGACGAAAGGCAAGCGAGAAGAGCACGAGGAGGCGCGAAAAGAAUGAAAAACGAGCACAGACAAAGGAAAGAGACAACGGAGGAUCUCGUUCGUCUGACUUGGGCCAUUAGGGAGCAUAUUGGGCACUUUGUCUGAUCUGCCUGCCAGCUGAGUACUGGCCAACCGAUGCAACAUCGCAGAUGGAAACACAGCACUUUUUGUGUGCGUUGUGUGUGUGUGUGUGUACGGGUGUUUGCGCAGUUGAUCGUGUGUGCGCACGUCUCUGGCUGAAAGACAAACAGACAAAGCUCUCUCUAAGACUCUCAGUUUCCUGCCAGGAAGUCAGAAGAGUGACUUGACUGAGCACAUUGUAAAGCACAUGCAUGGCUGGCACACCUUCGCUCCGUCCACAUACGUGUCAGUAUUGAGAGAAGAAAGGAAAGGUCGUGUCAGAUCAGGUUUAUAAAGAAAUGGAACGAUUCCACAUUCCCAACUCGUCAGAUUUUUUUUUUUUUCAAAAUUUAUUUUGCGAGUGUAGCUCGUUUUUUUUGCCGUCAUGCGAACGUAGAAAAAAAUUGCUUAUCAAAGGGAAAAAAAAUCUUUUCCUAUUGGCUGUUUUUUUUUUUUUUUUUUUCAAGUUUUUCAGUUUCUCGUGGCAAAAGUCAAAAUUGCCUCAAGCUAGAAUGAAAAACCAGAGAUGGGAAAAAAAUAUAUAAAGCCAUCACAUUGGUGAAAAAUUGUGCAGUUGCUGCCCUGUAUUUUAUUUUCUUCUAAGCACUGUCAAUCCUGUUGAAGCUCUUUUUUGGAUGAUGUAAGAAAGCUUUAAGAUAUCUGUAGAUUCUACUGUACAGCGUGUAUGACUUUCAGAGCAUGUGAAACAUUUCUUACUAUGCGAAAACACAAGGAGAGAGCACAUGGACUUCAGAAAAUCCAGCUGUGACAAAGAAAGAACUUUCCCUCCUCCCCGUGGUUGGCGGUGGGGACUACUGAUCUGAAGGUUGAGCACAAGGAAAGAUGAGGGUUGUGAUUAUCCCUCAAACACAUGCUUUUUGUUUUGUUUUGUUUUCCUUCUUCUUCUGUGAAAGAACAAAGCAAAGGCACGUUUCGAUGUUUGGGAACGUUAGCGGCCUCGCGGGACACGUGCAACCUUCUACUUUUCUGGAUUCUCUUCUUUUGGACAGCAAGACUGGAUUGCGUCUUUGAAUGUGCGCUGAGUUUCAUGUGUAGCACCAAGCAAUGUUGCGCUGAAUACCUCUGACGCUGGACCAGCUGUGAGUGUCUCCGGACGCCGCGCCCCGGGCUUUCUGCGGCCAAAUUGGCUGCGUGCGGCACGUAAAACGCUACCUGGUCACGACUCGGUGGACACUCUUCAUCAAAAGCACACUCAUGUUAUAAAAAAGAAAUAAAUACUGGAAAAAAAGAUGUUAUUAUGGCACAGAGUUUGAGGACUGAUUUUAAGUUAGUAAAAUAAGGCAUAUAAAGAGAGGGAACUGGACUGCAAGUGUGAAUGUAUACAAAUAGGCGUGUGUGUGUGUGUGAAUGUUUGUUACUCUGCUUGACAGAGCAUGUGUGUUUGCGUGCAUCUGUUGUGUGUCUGUGCGUACACACGAACAAGAGCAUCUAAAUGAAUUUGAAUAUCCUUGGAAAGUAAAUUUUCUUUCAGUUGUACAAUUUUGAAAGAAAAAAAAACCUCAUAGUUUAUAGAUUUAAUAGCCACAGAGUGAUACAACGAUGUUUGUGAAAAUUUUGAUCAAAAUGGCUGACGGCUAAUGAAAACCCACAAUUCAAUUUAUCAUAAAACUACAAUAUUACAUAAGACUAAUAAGAAUAUUUAUGUUUGGAAGAAAUUUGGCCCUACUUAAAAGCAUGCCCAUAUUGUACAGUCAUAUUCAGUAAGUUAAAAUAUUAUUGAAAAGUAUUUUUCUAUAAUUCGAUCCACUAAUUCAAACACAUUCUUACAUAAUUACACUUAAAGUGAUGUUUCCAUGUCUGUUUCGGUCAAUUAUGUUUGUUUUGUUGUUUGUUUUUUGUUUUUGACAGGUAAGAAACACAUUUGAGACCACAAUAUUACAUCAGACCAAUAAAAAAAAAUUGAAUACAGAAAUGUGGACCUACUAAAAGUAUGUUUUAUACAUCCUUAAAACAUAUUUUCAAAGGGUACUUUUGGUUUUAAUUUGACAAAUCCUAUUGGAAUGCAUAUUAUUAUGAUGGGAUCUGCACUCAAUACAUGGUGAGGCCUCUUUUUGGAUGAAUUACUGCGUCAAUGCAGCGUGUCAUGCAGUUGAUCAUCCUGUGGUUCUGUUGAGGUUUUAAACAAGCCAAGGUUCCUUUAAUCUCAGCCUUCAACUUGCCUGCUUUGUUGGCUUAGUCUUAUCUUCUUCUUGGCGACACUCCAUAAAUCCAGAUGAGUUUGCACAGUGAUGCCAUUGUAAUUAAAGGAGCUGUCUGUCCUUUUGAUGGUUUUAGCAGGUGGGUUAAUCAGGUGUUGGUAAUUGAAUGUGAAAAGGAUUAGAAAAUGAUUGUAUGAAAUUAUUACCAACCAAAGGCCAACAGCCAAUUUAAAGAAAGGAGAGGGUUUGUUUACUUCUUUCUUCUCUAUUUAAAGAUUAUCAGUGGUAUGCUCGGAACAAAUUGGUGCACUUUUUCCUUUCUCACAACUUUCUAUUAAUACGACUGAAUACAACUCUAUUAACAGCCUGUUUAAAAAAUUUAAAAAUAACCUUUUAUAUCUUAUGCUCCUUGUGGAGGAUGUCCUUACUGUCUGCUCAACAACUAUCAAUUCAGCAGUCUUUACCAUUAUUGGGUAGGCGAUAACAUUAUACAUAAUAAUAAAAAAAAAAAAAAUAUUAGUCCUAUGUAAUAUUCCAUUGCAAUUAACUAAAUAAACAGAAAUGUCAGACAUUUCAUGGAAUCAUUGAAAUGUACCCUCUGUGUAAUGAAUCUACACGAGUUUUUGCUUUUCAAAUUGAAUCGCUGCAACAAAUCAACUUUUCAAUUAUUAUUCUGAUUCACCGCGUUGCACCUGUAGGCACAUGCUUUGGUUUGCACAUGCCGACGUGCAUGAGCCAGACCAGAGACGAGAGUGGGAGGUGGAGUAUGUCCCAGCGUGGAGUGAUGUGACGCUUCUGUCUGACUAACCUCCCUCUGCUGUUUGUGUUGAUAACAGAGAGAUUUACAUUAUUAUAUUGACCUAUUAGUUAUUGUGAUUGUGAACACCACCUACUGGUUGCUGUGCUGAACUGCGCCUGUACCUUUGAGCCCCUUCCCGUCCCCCCUGUGAACACGCUCCCCGACACGUUGUGCACACUGUAUAUGUUACUGCUAUGUUCCCUCUUGUUAUUUACAUGUGCAGACAGCUAUCAUUUGCCACGCCCUGAUCUGUUUUUGUUGUGCGAAUGCCUUUAUAGUCACUUUCCCUCUCCGCUAGCUGCUGCAGCUUGCUAAGUCUCCAAUGGAGGAGGAGAUGAAAGAGUGAAAUCAGAAGCUCCAAUCAAUCCAAGUUAUUCUGCUCAUUACAGAGCAUCAAUGCCCUCCCCCUGGUGCCCAAACCUUCUAUAUUUCUUAGUGUGUUCCUACUUAAUUGCCUUGGCCUCUGCUGCCAGCC